UGCCCGCUCCUAUGCCUUGGGUGGCCACCUCGCCCCCUUCUGGUCUUCCCCUCAUCUUGUGUUGGACUCUCUAAAUGUUGCGUCCUGGCUCAACAACCUAGGCUCAGGCUUUUCAAAACCAGGACUCUCCUUGUUCAGACAUACAGGCUCUUAAGAUCUCAAGUCGAAGUUCAUUUCAGAAACUGGGUACCUUGGUGGCUGUGCAGGUGCAAAUCUCAGUCCCACACCUGCCUGAGAGCUGCUUUGCUACCUGAACUCCUGGGAAGCUGCUGCAACGCGUGUGCGCCAGGGUAGAAGACGCCGGCCUCUUCCACAAGACUCCGUUUUGAUGAAUGCCACUUCUAAGAAAAGAAGCCCGGGAGGAAAGUGAUUCAAGUCUAACUUGUGUUAAUAUUACUCCAAUCCCUAGUGCUGCUGUUGCUAGCUUUCUUCUGCUUUGGGCUGGUGUCCAAACAACAGGACUCCAGCAGCUUCUCCCAUGCCGUCUCACAGUUAAGUAAAGAGCUGGCAGGCUGCAAAGGGUUUGUACUAAGGGAGUUAGAAGUAACUUCCCUACUAACACAGUGCCCAGGAGCUCUGACAGCUACUCAGUGCCUCCAACUCUGUGCCUAUGAAGCCAACUCCUGGCCAUACACUGUCACAGAACCCAUGUGUCUGAAAAACACUAGCAGAUGGUACCGUUUAUAAGAGACUGUCUUUACCCCAAGAUCACAUGGCCAAGGAGCCAGUGGAGGACACAGACCCCAGCACUUUAUCCUUUGCCAUGUCAGACAAGUAUCCCAUUCAAGACACCGGCCUCCCUAAAGCCAAGGAGUGUGAUACAGCCGUUUCCAACUGUCCACCAAAUUCUGAUGAGCAACAUCAGGAAGAAGAAAAUGACUUUCCAGACAGCACUGGAGAUCCCCUUUCAGGUGUCAGCAGAAACCAGCCAUGUAAGGAAGGCUGCUCUUGCUCCUCCUGUUCACCCCGGGUCCCCACCAUCAGCGACUUGCUCAAUGAUCAGGACUUGCUAGAUGUGAUCAGGAUAAAGCUGGAUCCGUGCCACCCGACCGUGAAGAACUGGAGGAAUUUUGCCAGCAAGUGGGGCAUGCCCUACGAUGAACUGUGCUUCCUGGAACAGAGGCCCCAGAGCCCCACGCUGGAGUUCUUGUUCCGAAACAGCCAGAGGACUGUGGUCCAGCUGAUGGAGCUCUGCCGACUUUACCACAGGGCUGACGUGGAGAAGAUCCUGCGCAGGUGGGUGGAUGAGGAGUGGCCCCACCGGGGACCCUCGGACAGCUCCAUGCACUUCUAGGAUCCCCUUCUGGCACUGGCCUUUCUGCAGCGGAACCAGCAUAAGUCACAGGGAAUAUGGACCUGCUCUUAAGAUUUUCAGAUGAAAUGUAGAAUGGGCAGCGGUUGUCCCUGAAGCUGGCGGCUUGUGGAAGGAUGGGUUCGGUUUGGGUGGCAGGUAUUUGUUUCUUUUUGCACAUCUGUUUUAAUUUAAUAUUUGAAUCUGUAAUUGGGGAAGAAUAUCUUGUAGGUUGCAUAGGGCCAAAGCCUGUGGUUGGGACAGAAUCGUGCCAUCAUGGAAAGAAAAGAUUGCAUCGGGAUCCCAAACCGUUGCUGUCUCUGGACAUGCCCACAUCAUCCUAUGCAGAGCCUUUGCACUCCCAGCCUAGCAGAAGAUGGGAUGGAGGAGUCACCCUGGCCUGGUCACUGUUGCUGUUUCUGUUGUAAAGGGCUUAGGAGAGGGCACUCUAUGAUAUGGCCUGGACACAAGGGCCAUCUUCUUUAUUUACUUUUGUAACUCAUGGGCUAUCAAUACUGUCAUUGGAUUUAGUAUUUUUAAAAGAAAUACAAAGCGUACGGUUUGUAGGUGAGCAGAGUGGUUAGUAAGUGUCAUGGGAAUGGUACUGGCAAAGACUAGUACUCAACAUCCCCUCUGGGGGCUGGGAGAUUGCUCAGUGGUUAAAGUGCUCACUGCAUAAGAUGAGGACUAGAAUUCAGGUCCCCAGAACCCACAUAAAUGUGGGAUGCUGUGGCAGCCCAUCUGUGAUUCUGGCACUCAAGGGAGAGACAGGACUCCCAGAGCAAGCUGACUAGCCAAGGCUAGUCACAUGGGUGAGCUCUGGAAUCGAUCGAGAGACUCUUUUUCAAUGAACAAUGUAGAGAUUGAUUGAAGAAAAAUUUCAACAUCAACUAUAUGCACACGCACAUGUACAUCUGUAUCCACGUGUAAAAACAACAACACAUACACGUGCACACACACACAGACACACACACAAAUCUUUUAAAAUGCCAUUUGGGGAAGCUGAGGACAUCGGUCAUUGAGUUAAGUGCUUAGCUUAUCAGUAUGAAGAUCUGAGUUCAAUAUCCAAUAUCCAGCACCUGCAGGAAAGUCAGACAUGGCAAUGUGUGCCUGUGACCCCAGUACCAGAGAACCAGAACCAGGAACUCACUGGCUAGCCAACAGAGUCAAAUUGGCAAGCUUUGUGCUCAGGGUGAGACACUGUCUCAAAAAGGAAGGUAAAGAGUGACUGAGAAAGACACCUGAAGUCAGCCUCGGACCUACACACAUACACACACACACAC